GCGAGAAACACGGCAAAACACGGACGGGGGGUCCUCACCCCCUCGUCGAUGCCCAGUCGUCGCUCCGCUCGCGGCGGCGGUUAUGACAGCGGCGGCGGCGGCGGUUCGAUCGCGCGCCGCGUAGUCGCGUGAAAAACAAAACGGAACGAGGCGUAUUGCGCGGAGCGGAACGGAGCGGAGGUGCAGCACGCCGCUUCUGGGUGACUAGUGACGCUACAGAAGCUCACGGCAUCCUCCGAUUGAGCGGGUUCGACGAGCGAUCAGACCCGGCGGCGCAAAGGGAACGGAGUUCGCAGGGAAUCCAGAUGAGAAUGGGUAUCGCCAAGGGGGAAUGAUAGGAUGCAAGAGGGUAAUACCGCCGUUGCGCUAGCGAUGGUGACCCCCGGAUACGAUCAGGACCCAGCGAGUGGGGUCGCCGACUAUACGACUCAUCAGGAUCAGGCGCAGUUCGAGGCCGACAAGAGGGCCGUGUACAAACAUCCGCUCUUCCCGCUGCUGGCGUUACUCUUCGAAAGAUGCGAGCAGGCGACCCAGAGCUCGGACAACUCCACGUCCGAAAGCUUCAACAUGGAUAUACAGGCUUUCGUCCAGCACCAAGAAAGAGACCGAAAGCCCUUCUUGAUCAAUGACCCCGAGAUUGACGGUUUGAUGAUCAAGGCGAUACAGGUGCUGCGUAUUCAUCUACUGGAGCUGGAGAAGGUGCAGGAGUUGUGCAAGGACUUCUGCAACAGGUACAUCACGUGUCUGAAGGGCAAGAUGCAGAGCGAGAACCUGCUGCGGAGCGACUACAGCCACCACGGGCACGACAUGGGUCCGUCGAGUGGAAGCAACGGCAGCAGUCCGUUGCAGGUGCUGUCAUCUACAGGCAAUGAUGUUGAGUCGGGAGCUAACGGAUUCAGAGUGAGCCGUGGGGACGCCGUGGCGGAGAACGACGGCGCGAAUCCGCAUCACGCGCGGGAAGAGAGCGUUAAUCACGACCAACUGUCGUCGGUCCGACCGUCUUCCGCCGUCCAGCGCUCGGGCAAAUCCACUAGCCAGGACCACGACGAUCCGCUCUCACCGUCCACCGUACACGGAAGUACACCUCUCUCGCAAAUCGGGGCGCAUGGAUGCGCCCCGGUUAACGACAUGUAUCUCGGCCAAGACAUUACAGUUGCAGGCUCGCCUUCCCCCGCGGCGAGCGAAGACGAGGAGGAGGGUGCCGGCAACGCGGCCUCGAAUCACGCUGGGAAUCAUAGAAGUAAUCAUGGUAGCGCCAGAAAGGGACGUCAGAAGAGGGGUGUCUUACCCAAACAGGCAACCAGCAUCAUGCGAACGUGGCUCUUUCAGCAUUUAGUACAUCCUUAUCCGACCGAAGACGAGAAGCGUCAGAUCGCCAGCCAGACGAAUUUAACGCUGCUGCAAGUGAACAAUUGGUUCAUCAACGCCCGCCGACGAAUCCUGCAGCCCAUGCUGGACGGCGCGGGCACGGACGCGGCGUCGCGUGCGGGGAAACGUCACAAGACCUCGAAGCACACCGCGCAGCAGCAGGCGGCGCAGCAGCAGCAGGCGGGCUGGCAGUCCGAGGAUUCGGCGAGUGAUUCGGGCUCUAGCGACGGUGAGGGGGGUGCCGCUAGAUCGAAAGACGGUAACGAUAGCGAUGAGGAUGAUCUUCACUGACCUCUGUCGAUCACCGAAACGUCAACCUCUUUACGGUACCUUCAAAUCCAGUUGCUCAUUACAGUAUUAAGGUAUUCGAGAAUAGAUAUCGCUUUAACUGUCAAAUACGUAAUUAAUCUUGCGAAAGUUAAGAAUACGUGGGUAGAGGUUAUCACGCUCUCUGAUUAUUCGAUACUUUGAUACAUUUCGUCGACUGCUACCCAACCGUCUGCUUUUUUUUUUCAUGACAGCCGAUUAGAUCCUUAAUCUCUGCUCAUAUAUAUAUUUUACGUCACAAAACGUUGUAAUGAACUCGGAGAACUGAGAUUGAAUAGGUACUAGAAAGAGCAGCUUUACUUAAGUAACGUCUAACUCUCAAAAACGAAAAUACAUACGUUUACAUUGCGCUACGAGAAAAUGUUAUUUAUUUUUUGAGAACAAAUUUUUAAGUGAACGAUGCGCAAGUAGUGAAGAUACAAAUCUGAACCUUCUUUCGAAAUCACAAUCUUUUUGUUAGUUUUUAACAGUCGUGUCGCUUGUAACGAACGUACGUCCCUGAUGGUACCGUUGUUUAGGACGUUCAUGUAAUGUAUGUAAAAGAUGUAUAUUGUUUUAAAUAUAAUCACGUUACAUUGUGUAUGUUAUGCAUGUAUGUUACGUAUGUAACAUGAUUAUAUUGUAACAACUCGUCGAACAAAGAUACGCCGCGAAAAGAAAAACGAAAUGUUUUUACGACAGCCAAUGUUUCCCAUUCUUUCAAUGUACAUUCUUAAGCACGUGUCAGCCAGGAAUUAUAUUGUAUAAAUUUAUUCUUUUGUAUAUUUCCGAAUGGUACACUAAUUGUCGAUCGGUUUUUUUUUCGUAUAUAACUUUGAUAUUUCAUUAGGCGUAAUAAUAAAACAAGAUAAAGACAA